AAUUAGCUUUGGGCCCGGAGCCCACAGAAGCAGAGCCUAUAUUGUUGGAGUUGAUUAGCUUACCCGUUCUUGGAGGCCACUGGAAUGAAACUGCAACUCUCAAGUGGUAAAACGACGAUCACAGCCCUGAAGAGCGGGCGCUACAGGUGCUCUCAGGGUCUUUCUGAAGUCAAACUGACUAGUGAAGAAUUAAUGUUGAACGUGCUUAACAGGAAAUGGAUGCUGCAGAUUCCUGAUACCAAAAUUCACCAAAUAAUGCUUUCUCCAGUGCAAGGAAAAUAUAGAGAUGGACUAUUUAGUAAUAUUUCUUUUGUAAACAACUCUAACCCAUACUUUGGAGAUCAGUCAAUGGGGAAAGACAGUCGACAGCCAUCCUUCUAUGUUGUGAGGGAUGAUUUAUUACAUCCCUUGGUAAAUGGUAAUAAAGCAAGAAAGUUAGAUGGAUUGAUUCCACUCCUUGUGGAUCAUUCAGUAACUGAUGUGGUUACAUGUGGAGGCUGUCAAAGUGCACAUGCAGCAGCUGUUGCUGUUUCAUGUGCAGAGACAGGGGUAAAGCCUCAUUUGCUUCUGAGAGGGGAGCAGCCUGAAGUUCUGACUGGUUAUAACCUGAUUUCAACAAUAUAUGGAAAUGUUACAUAUGUUCCGAGGUCUCUUUAUGCCCACAGGGAUAGUAUGCUGAAGACCCAUGCUAAUUUGGUGGCUGGAAAUACUGGCAGUGUUGUACAGUGUAAUGAUAUCCUUGAGACUUUUUUAACAAACCAAACAUCUAUUGAUUUGAACCUGGGGCAAGUGGAUGCUUGUAAAAUUGUUGAGAACCAUCCAAAGAAGGUUUUGAUUGUGAAUGAAGGAGCUGGGGAUGCUGUAGCAUUGCUAGGUGUCAUUCGCCUGGUGGAGUACUUAUGCUGGAAUCAUUUACUUGGAAAAGAUAGACGCAUAAAAUUGGUGGUAGAUGCUGGGACUGGUACAACAGCUAUAGGUUUGGGACUCGGAGCCUUAUGUUUAGGGCUUCCGUGGCAGGUAAAUGCUGUCAUGCUUGCUGAUACAAUUGAUGCAUACAAACAAAAGGAGAAAGACUUAAUUUCUGAUUUCAGCACGCGCUUUGGUUUUCACCUUAUUGACCGUAGCUUAAAUGAAGUCAAGGGUGGAGUAGUCCACUGGGUGGAGCGCAGCCAUAGGAGAAAAUUUGGCAAUGUGUUGGAAGGAGAGAUAGAGGCAUGCCAAAAAAUUGCACAACAGACUGGGAUUCUGGUCGAUCCUAUUUAUACCUUAGCUGCUUGGGAAAUGGCAACUCAGCUGAGCAAGGAGGAAACAGAUGGGGGUGCAAAAAUUGUAAUGCUUCACACAGGAGGAACUCUUGGCAUGUUUGGCUUAGCACAGAGGUAUAAAACUUACUUCUAUAACCUCAAAGAUGGAGUUUCCCCUGCAAAAGUUGCAGAUAGUUAUUUUGUACCUUAGAAAUUCAGCCAUUUUUUUUACUAAUUAUGUGGUAACAAUUUUCUAUCUCUUGCAAUUCGAAAGCAUCUGCUAGCUCUGAAUUUCAUAUUUUCUAUUAAAUUCAA